CCCACGCCCUCCCACCCCGCGCGCGCCAAGUGAGACACAUCUCCACGCACGUGCCGCCGUUGCCUCCAAGUCCAAGCCCCUCCGUCCGUCCAACCAACCAACCAUGUCGCGCCUCAGCCUCGCCGUCGCGGUGGCCGUCCUCGCGCUAGCGUCCGGCGCGGCGUCGCAGGCGCCGGGGCCGUCGUCGCCGCCGGUCGACUGCUCGUCGGCGGUGACCGGGCUCAUCGGCUGCCUGCCGUACGUGCAGCAGGGGAGCACGCAGGGCAAGCCCACCAGUGGGUGCUGCACCGGCGUCAAGGCCGCCCUCAAGAGCCCCGCCACCGUCGCCUGCCUCUGCGCCGCCUUCGGCCAGAACUACGGCAUUCAGGUCAACCUCACCCGCGCCGCCGGGCUUCCCGCGGCCUGCGGCGAAGAUCCCGCCGCCUUGAGCAAAUGCAACAUCAAAGUGCCCGGCGCCCCUGCUUCAGCGCCUACAGCUUCUGGAGCCGCUCCGGUUCCAGCAGGCCCAAGCUCAGGCUUGCCAAAGUCAGCAGCGGUGAUGCGAUCGCCGGUCUCAGCGUUCGCCGCCGUGGCCGCCGCUACUCUGCUCUCGCACUGCCUCCUCUGAAGAUGACGGGUGCUUCUUCGGUGAUUGGUUUUAGUUCAUGAGUUGUGUUGUCAAACUAUGAUAUGUAUCCGCACCGCACCAUAAUUCAUUGAGUUUAACUGUUUGAUUGGGAUAAACUUUUGGUGCUUGUGCCUGGUGCUCUUCA